AUGAAUCAAUCUCAACCUUUAAUACCUCAACCUCUGGUAGCUCAACCUUUAAUACCUCAACCUCUGGUACCUCAACCGUUAAUACCUCAACCUCUAAUACCUCAACCGUUAAUACCUCAAACCGCUGAUAUUCCUGUAAAUUCAUCAUUUGAUAAUCUUAGUGCUGAACAAAAAUAUGAAAAUUUAACUAAAGGUACAGCAGAUCUAUUCAACACCAGAACACAAGAAACGCAAGAAACAGAAAAUCGGUCAAUUCUUCAAUUUUCAACUGAUAUUUUUUCAGGGUCUUCUUUUCAUUAG